AUGGCGAAUUAUCGACUUUUUGUGAAAGGACUCAAACAAAUUGUUCAAAUUGUGGACGACAACAGCACGGAGUACUUGGUGAAGGACGGAAUGAACAGAAUAAAGGUACGGUUUGGGGGAAAAAAAAAAUCCACCUUUUUUCAGAUUCUAAACGACCCGGAAAAUGGACUGGCGAUUUUGGUGGAUUCCGAUGGAAAAUUCGCAUAUGUCGGCGACGUUGAAGAAGCCGAAAAACGAUUGGAAAACGGCGGAAACGUGAAAAUGGUGGAGACGAGCGGCGCAAUCGCAAUACCGGGAUUCGUCGACGGACACUCGCAUCCCGUGUUCGCCGGAGACCGCGUUCACGAGUUUGCGAUGAAAUUGGCCGGCGCCACGUACAUGGAGGUACCGUGAGCGUCAAAGGGUCCACACCAGGGGUGUGCGGAAAAUUUUUUUCGGAAAAUUUCGGAAAAUCGGUUUUUCCGAAUUUUUUUUUUCGGAAAAUUUCGGAAAAUCGGUUUUUCCGAAUUUUUUUUUUCGGAAAAUUUCGGAAAAAUCGGGAAAAUCGGAAAAGCACGUUGAACUUGUGGCCGCAAAAACACGCUUUCUCACCGUUUUUCCGCCGCCCAGUUAAAUAUACGUCACACUUUCCCAUUACGUCAGCUUUUCUGAAAAAACAACACAAAUCGCAACAAUCGGUUCAUUAGAAUGAGAAAAACGAAAGAAAUUGCGUAAAAUUUAAAAAUCAAAUUUAAAAAAAGACGCUCGCUGCUAGACCCUUCCAAAAAUUUUGUGAUGCGCCUUUAAAAAGCAUACGGUGGUUUCGGAAAAAUUGACCUUGAAUCCACACUAAUUUUCCGAAAAUUUUCCGAAAAUUUCUCGGAAAAUCGGAAAAUUUCGGAAAAUCGAAAUAUUUUCCGCACACCCCUGGUCCACACACACACACACAAAAACCGAUUCAGGUACAAGAGGCGGGCGGCGGAAUAAUGUUCACGACGAACGCGACGAGAGAAGCGAGCGAGCAACAGUUGAGAGACGAUUUCGAGCAGGUAGCCGCUGAAAUGGACAAUAUUUGCAGAAGACGACAAUAUUUUUAGGUGGCGAUGAAGAUGCUGAAAAGUGGGACGACGACGUUGGAGGCGAAAAGCGGAUACGGACUGAACAAGGACGCCGAGAUGAAGGUUUUUCCACAGAAAACAACUGUUUUCACGUUUUUUCUGCCACAGAUGCUCCGAGUAUUGGCCGCCGAAAACCCUCGAAUUCCGCUGGAAAUCUCUGCGACGUUUUGUGGAGCUCACGCGGUUCCAAAAGUACAGUAACCCGAGGAUACGCUAACCGGAAAUUGCAAAAUUCGAUUGCAGGGAUCGACGGAAUCGGAACAAACGCGCAUGAUUUGCGACGAACUGAUUCCGGCGAUUGUGGCGGAGAAGAAGAGCGGCGGAAUGAGAAACCUGGAGAAUAUUGAUGUGUUCUGCGAGAAGGGCGUUUUCGAGAUCGAAUCAAGGUUCGUCGGAACGGAAUUUUGGAGCGUCGUACAGCUUUGCAAGAAAUUGGCCAACUUCAAAUGGAUAUUGUAGACUUGCUAGACGUCCGGGGGUUCUGAAAAUUUUUGUACGUAUUCUUGACAUCUAGUACUGUACUUUUGUAGUUGAUCACUUUUCUGUACGACCACUCCCUGGGGUACGGUAGCCCUUGGAAGUUGAAAAUGAUCAAAACUACAAAAGUAGAGUACUAGACGUCAAGAAUACGUACAAACAUUUUCAAGAGCCUAGGAUGUCUAGAAAGUCGACAAUAUUCAUUCAAAGUUGAGCAAUUCUGCUUAAAAAGCACAACGAUGCUCCGAAAUUCCACUAUUUCUUAUUGGAAACGCCUAAACCAAUAAAGUUUUAGCCAGAAAAUUCUGGAAAACGGAAAAGCGGCGGGAAUGGCGGUGAACUUUCACGCCGAAGAGCUCAAAUACAUUGGAGGAGUGGAAAUGGGCGCCAAAAUCGGGGUUAGUUUAGUUUCUUGA